AUGGAAAUAUAUCACAACAGGCAAGUCUGGUACUUUUUCCUAUAUCUCUGCAUGUAUGGGGCAAUAUGUGAGUCUUUGCACUAUUCAGUGCCUGAAGAAAAGAAAACAGGGUCUUUGGUGGCAAAUGUGCUAAAGGAUUUGAAAGUGGAUGUGAAGGAGCUUUCUGCUCGCAGGGCCCAGCUGGUUUCUGAAGGCACCAAGCCAUAUUUCCAGCUGGAUCCCCACUCUGGGGAUUUGAUUUUACAGGAUAGAAUAGACAGGGAAUCUCUGUGUGGUCAGAAGGACCCUUGCGUCUUACUCUCAGAGAUUGUGCUGGAAAACCCCUUGCGAGUGCACAGAAUGGAAGUCGAAAUAGAGGAUGUGAAUGAUAAUUCCCCCCAGUUCUCUAAAAAGGAAUAUCUUUUUGAAAUAUCUGAACACACACCAACAAAUACUCGCUUCCCUAUAGAAAAAGCUCAAGAUCGGGACAAAGGGGAAAACGAUAUUCAGAACUACACACUCAGUCCUAAUGACCAUUUCAAGCUGGAUGUGCAAAAUCGCAGUGAUGGCACCAAAUAUGCAGAGUUAGUAUUGCAGAAACAGUUAGACCAUGAAGAGGAAACACGCCUUUCCUUGAUUCUGUCAGCUGUUGAUGGAGGGACCCCAAGGAGAACAGGCACGGCAAAACUUGUCAUUGAUGUUUUGGAUGCCAAUGAUAAUUUUCCUCAGUUUGGUGAUUCUGUAUACAAAGUAAAGCUAAAGGAAAAUACACCAAGAGGUACACUUGUAACUAAAGUGGAAGCAACUGACAGGGAUAUGGGUGCCUCUGGGGAGAUCACUUAUUCCUUCAGCCAGGUACCAGAAAAUGUGCUCAGGUCAUUCAACUUAAACACACGCACUGCCGAAGUUACUGUUGCAGGAACAAUUGAUUAUGAAGAGGAGAGAAGUUAUGAGAUAAACAUCAAAGCCACGGAUGGAGGGGGGCUCUCUGCUUACUGCAAAGUCAUUGUGGAGGUUGAGGACAGAAAUGACAAUGCUCCAGAGGUGACCCUCACAUCCCUCACCAGCCCCCUGCCAGAAGAUUCUCUCCCGGAUACGGUGGUGGCCCUUUUCCGUGUCACAGAUCGAGACUCUGGAGACAACGGCAGAACCGCCUGCACUACCGAGGCAAACUUACCAUUUGUAUUGAAAGCAUCUGUGAAUAAUUACUACCAACUGGUGACCCAGCAGCCCCUAGACAGAGAAAAAGCGUCAGAGUACAACAUCACCAUCAGAGCCACAGACCAGGGCUCCCCCAGGCUCACUUCAAUAACAAUAAUUAGUGUCCAAAUAUCAGAUAUCAAUGACAAUGCUCCAGUAUUUGAGAAGCCAGCAUAUGAAAUGCAAUUACGAGAAAAUAAUAUUCCAGGGCUGCUGAUAGGAUUGGUGCAUGCUGAUGACCUGGACACAGACCGGAAUGCCAAAGUGACAUAUUCACUUCUGCCUGGGAAGGUCAUUGAUCAACCCGUGUCCUCUUAUGUUUCCAUCAACUCUGAAACUGGGAAUCUGUAUGCCAUCCGGUCUCUGGACUAUGAGCAGAUAAAAGAUUUCCAGGUGACUGUGAGGGCCACGGACAGUGGUUCUCCUCCCCUGAGCUCCGAAGUUAAGGCCCGAAUUGUCAUUGUGGAUGAAAAUGAUAAUGUGCCGUUCAUCCUGUACCCUCUUCAGAAUGGCACUUCCCCAUCCAACGACCUGGUUCCCAGGGGGGCGGAGGCUGGUUACCUGGUCACCAAGGUAGUGGCAGUGGACAGAGAUUCUGGCCAGAACUCUUGGCUUUCCUAUGAGCUCCUGAAGGCCACAGAACCGGGUCUGUUCAGUGUGGGGGCCCAGAAUGGAGAAGUGAAAACCAUGAGACCAAUUAACCAACGAGACACCUUCAGACAGAAACUAAUCAUUGGAGUGAGAGACAAUGGGCACCCUCCACAAUCCACCUCUGCAACGCUAAGCAUUCUGCUAGUGGAUGGCUUUUCUGACCCUUACAUGAAAAUGGUGGAUCUCCCGAAGGAUGAAGCGGUCAAGGAGGAAGACCGCACCCUGACUCUGUAUCUGGUCAUAUGCUUGGCUGCCAUCUCGUUCAUUUUUCUGGUUUCUGUGGUGGUGUUUGUUGCCGUCAAGAUUCACAAAAGGAGAAAGUUCAUGGAAAGAUCAGCCCUGAAUUUCCCAGGGGGUCCGAAUUUCUCAGAGAAUGGUGGAGAUGCUGGUGCUGGAACCCUUUCCCGGGCUUACAACUAUGAGGUGUGCUUAGCUGGAGGAUCUCUGAGCAGUGAAUUUAAGUUUCUCCGGCCUCUCUUUCCUGUGUUUUCUGUGGAACCUGCUCAAAAUCAGGGGGUUCAGAGGAAUCCAGCUGCUUCCCAAGAGGUUCCCAGUCAUGCAGCAGAAGGUCAGCUCUUGAAUCAGGUGAGAAUAUAA